CACAGCGGACUUGGACCCCGUUUCUGCUGUUAUGUGCACUGAGUAAGUCAGAGAUCAUGUCUCUCCGUGUGUUAGAACUAAUCUUUUUCUUCUACUUCGCCACUCAUAUUCCGAUCACAUUAUUUAUUGACUUACAAGCCCUGCUGCCUGAACACGUGUACCCCCAACCGCUGAAGGACCUUCUGAAAUGGUACGCAGCGGACUUCAAAGACCCCAUGGUGCUGGACCCCCCGGAGUGGUUCAAGUCAUUUGUUUUCUGCGAGGCUUUGCUUCAAACACCGUUUUUCCCCAUUGCAGCGUACGCUUUUCUGAAAGGUGGUUGUAAGUGGAUCCGGAUUCCUGCCAUUGUGUAUUCCACACACGUGGCCACCACAUUGAUCCCAAUCCUCGCCCACAUCCUCUUCUAUCAGUUCCCUCUGAAACCCAAUCCUGGUCCUCAGACUGUCCAGGAGCGCUGGUUGCUAGUCUCCAUAUAUGCACCAUACCUGUUGGUGCCUGUGCUGCUCCUCCUCACCAUGCUGAUGUCCUCAACAUACAACGCCUCCUCUAAGCCUGGGAACGUGUCAGCUAAGGCCAAGAAGAAGAAGAACUGAAACAAUAUUAUCUAAUUUACUGUGAUUUUAAGAGAUCUUUUUCUACAUUUGUGAAUGUAUGAACAUGUAUGUGCAAGUCUGUGUGAGGCACACCGUUUAUCAGGAAGAAACUGCCGUCGUGAACCAUCCGAAACUGUCACUUUUAAUGUUGACCUUUUAAUA